UUUCUUAUAUUUUAUAUUUGUAGGUUAUGUUUUAAGUUUGUAUUGUAUUCCUACAUAAAAUAUUAAUUUAGGAAAUUAUGAAUAUUACUUUAUACAAAUGACAAAAAAUAUGUCAGAACAUGGUGCUGCUUUGCAAACAUAUAACCAAGAAUUAGUAAAGUGUUUGGAAGAAUUAAAAAUAAAAAAGAAAGAUGUAUUGAUUCUAAUUGAAAGGGAAGAAAAUGAAAAGAAGUUAUUAGAAAAAAAUAUUAAGGGACUUCAAGAAAAGCUAACGUUGGUAAAUAACAAUCUUCAACAUCAUAAAAGUUUAUGUGAUAAUUAUGAAAGGACAAUAAGAGAUACUGAACAUGGAUUUAAAAAGAUACUGGAAAGUAGUCAAGCUUUACUCCAUUUAGCUCAACAUGAAGCCGUCAAAUUAGAUAAUACUCAAAAAGUAAAUAUUUUGUAAUUCUAUAUUAAAAUGUACCUAUAUAUACUUUUUUAGAUGAUACUUAAAAGUGAAUAAUAUUUUGUGUAAUUUUUUAUUAA